GAACUGUGUGGCAGGCAGCCGCCUUCCUUCCAGUUGCGCUCCGGAGCCGGCUGGAGGAAACACGUGCUAGACACACACACACAGGCGGGCGCGCGGUGUCUUCUGCAUUAGGGAACUGGCUGCUGCCGCCGCGGCCGGGGCGUUCGCUGCUGCAAGGAGCCGGCGAGAGCUUUGGAAGAGUGCGAAGCCGGCGCCGUCUCCCAGGGGCAGCCAGCGGGCUGGGACUAAGUGGAGGAGUCCUGGUUAUGAAGAUUAUGAUCACAUGUGCAGCUCUGCAUAGCUGUUCCCUUGGAGACGAUGGUGGUUCCCUAGAGAAUAGGCGGAAAUGCCUGGUUAACCAUCAGCUUCCUGCUCUUUUUAUCCAAAAGAUUCUCUAACUACUUUUUAACAACUCUCCGUUUUAUUCCAUCAUGUUGUCUCUACCAGCUUAAACUAUUUCCUAAGAUGGUCCUUUUGCUGUUCCUUGCAAUCCUGUUAUUGAAGGAAGAUGUCAGUGGGAACUUUGGGUUUUUGGUUUCUGCACAAUCCAAUGAAAGAAGGGUGGUUGCACAUAUGCCUGGUGAUAUUAUCAUUGGAGCUUUGUUUUCUGUCCACCAUCAGCCAACUGUUGACAAGGUCCAUGAGAGAAAAUGUGGAGAGGUGAGGGAGCAAUAUGGCAUACAGAGAGUGGAAGCAAUGCUUCAUACUCUGGACAGAAUUAAUCUGGACCCAACACUAUUGCCAAAUAUAACACUAGGCUGUGAAAUAAGGGACUCUUGUUGGCAUUCUGCUGUGGCUCUGGAGCAAAGUAUUGAGUUCAUAAGGGACUCUCUUAUUUCAUCGGAAGAAGAAGAGGGGAUAGUGCGCUGUGUCGAUGGAUCUUCAACAUCGAUCCGCUCCAAGAAACCCAUUGUCGGCGUCAUUGGCCCUGGUUCUAGUUCAGUAGCGAUCCAGGUCCAGAACUUGUUGCAGCUUUUCAAUAUACCUCAGAUUGCUUAUUCUGCCACAAGCAUGGACCUAAGCGACAAAACUCUGUUCAAGUAUUUCAUGAGAGUCGUGCCAUCUGAUGCACAGCAAGCUCGAGCUAUGGUGGACAUUGUCAAACGCUAUAACUGGACCUAUGUUUCUGCUGUACAUACUGAAGGAAACUAUGGUGAGAGUGGAAUGGAAGCCUUCAAAGAUAUGUCGGGCAAGGAGGGGAUCUGCAUUGCCCAUUCCUACAAGAUCUAUAGCAAUGCUGGCGAACAGAGUUUUGACAAGCUGUUGAAAAAGCUAAGGAGCCACCUGCCCAAGGCAAGAGUGGUUGCUUGCUUCUGUGAGGGCAUGACUGUGAGAGGGCUGCUAAUGGCCAUGAGGCGCUUGGGUCUGGCUGGAGAGUUUUUGCUGCUAGGCAGUGACGGCUGGGCAGACAGGUACGAUGUGACAGAUGGGUAUCAGCGGGAAGCUGUUGGUGGAAUAACGAUCAAGCUUCAGUCUCCUGAUGUGAAAUGGUUUGAUGACUAUUACCUGCAGCUUCGGCCAGAAACCAAUCUCCGAAACCCCUGGUUUCAGGAAUUCUGGCAGCACAGGUUCCAGUGCCAGCUGAAGGGGUAUCCACAAGAGAAUAUGAAAUACAACAAGACUUGCAACAGUCAGUUGACUCUCAAAACGCAACAUGUUCAAGAUUCUAAAAUGGGAUUCGUAAUCAAUGCCAUAUAUUCUAUGGCGUAUGGUCUUCACAACAUGCAGAUGUCACUAUGCCCAGGCUAUGCGGGUCUCUGUGAUGCCAUGAAGCCUAUAGAUGGUCAAAAACUCCUGGAUUCUCUCAUGAAGACUAACUUCACUGGGGUUUCUGGGGAGGUGAUCUUGUUUGAUGAGAAUGGAGACUCACCAGGAAGGUAUGAGAUUAUGAAUUUUAAGCAAAUGGGGAAGGAUUACUUUGACUAUAUUAAUGUUGGAAGUUGGGACAAUGGUGAAUUGAAGAUGGAUGACGAUGAAGUAUGGUCAAAGAAAAAUACUGUCAUCAGAUCGGUCUGCAGUGAACCAUGUGAAAAAGGCCAGAUAAAGGUGAUCCGUAAAGGAGAAGUCAGCUGCUGCUGGACCUGUACACCUUGUAAAGAGAACGAGUUUGUCUCUGAUGAAUACACAUGCAAGGCGUGCCAGCUGGGCUCCUGGCCCACCUAUGACCUUACAGGUUGUGAUCUCAUCCCAGUCCAGUACCUCAGAUGGGGCGAUCCUGAACCAAUAGCAGCGGUUGUUUUUUCCUGUCUGGGUUUACUGGCCACCCUGUUUGUUACCGCUGUAUUCAUCAUGUACCGCGAUACCCCAGUUGUCAAGUCAUCCAGCCGAGAACUCUGCUACAUUAUUCUCGCUGGCAUCUGCUUGGGUUACUUGUGUACUUUCUGUCUCAUUGCAAAGCCCCAACGGAUUUAUUGUUACCUUCAAAGAAUUGGCAUCGGUCUGUCCCCAGCUAUGAGUUACUCUGCCCUAGUAACUAAAACCAAUCGCAUUGCAAGAAUUCUAGCUGGCAGCAAGAAGAAAAUCUGUACAAAGAAACCUAGGUUCAUGAGUGCCUGUGCCCAGUUGGUUAUUGCAUUUAUAUUAAUAUGUAUACAGUUAGGCAUAAUUGUUGCCCUUUUCAUAAUGGAGCCACCAGAUAUAAUGCAUGAUUAUCCAAGUAUCCGAGAGGUCUACUUGAUUUGUAACACCACCAACUUGGGUGUCGUAACUCCCCUUGGAUACAAUGGAUUAUUAAUUUUAAGUUGCACCUUUUAUGCAUUUAAGACCAGAAAUGUCCCGGCUAAUUUCAAUGAAGCAAAGUAUAUUGCCUUUACAAUGUAUACCACCUGUAUCAUUUGGCUGGCCUUUGUGCCCAUAUAUUUUGGUAGCAACUACAAGAUAAUCACCAUGUGUUUUUCUGUAAGCCUGAGUGCCACUGUGGCCCUUGGGUGCAUGUUUGUGCCAAAGGUGUACAUCAUCCUCGCUAAGCCAGAAAGGAAUGUACGCAGCGCGUUCACCACGUCGACCGUGGUCCGCAUGCAUGUAGGGGAUGGAAAGUCAUCUUCAGCUGCAAGCCGCUCAAGUAGCCUGGUCAACCUAUGGAAAAGAAGGGGAUCGUCUGGUGAAACUCUAAGUACCCUCAGCAAAACCAGUGCAUCACAAUGAAGAAAUCAGUCCUCUUUUCCACAUCUGCUGAGACAAAGCAACUCUUUUAAGAGACUCCACUGUCAUAUAAGAGUGAAUUGUUGCUAUUAUUUGUUAUUUAGAAGACUCUGGAGAGUGCCCUGAGUUUCCAACCAUUGGGAAACCAGCCCAUUCAAGUCAAGUAUUUGUCAUUGAAUCCUGGCAUUAUACCAACCUGCUGUAGGAUAGAGUCUAUUAUAAGCAAUAUUUUAGCCAUUCAUAUAGUCCAGGUAGCAGAUUUUGAGUGGUUGGAGGACAAGUCCAUGAACCAGUGGACAGACUCUGAGACAUGGACUUCAAGCUGUUGGAUCAGGUGCUGUCAGUAUGCAUAUUCACCAGCAAUGCAAUGCCAGUGAUGAGCCCGAGAGAGAUUCAAAUUCUAUGUACCUUACUGAGAUGAAAAUCCUAAGGGAAGUAAAAGGAUUUUUACCUGAUAUGGAACUGUUUAGUCGAGGAAAGAAGACAAGGCCAUGCUGUGAAGAACACAAGCCAGAAUGACGCAGCAGGAGAAGAUAGCUGAUCCUUGCUGAAAACUGGGCCUUGUUGUUUGAUGGCAGGCACUUGUUUUCCAUAUCCCCACUAAGUAAGAAGUUUGUCGUUAGAGUCGGCUACACCGUAUUCUGUCAGAACACAGGGCAUUUAUUAGUACCAAUGCCAAUUUGCAAAGACACAGUUCCUGUUUUGAUUAAUCAGAGGUGUAGACAAGUUCUUGAACACGUGUAUAAUUCUUUCUCAAGACCCAAUUACUUGAGGCAUUUUUUUAUCUACCGGUGUUUUACGUCAGCGCAUAGUCUUUAAGAAUCAAGAUCACAUCCAUUACAACCAAAAGGCUGAGCAAAUCUUAGAGGUCUGUUGGACUGAAGAGACUGAUGAGUUAAUAGGUACAUCAGAUGGCAAGACAAAUAGAUAAAUACAGAGAAGAUCUUAGAAGAGCACUUCUUACGCAUAGAAAUAACAGGCUUUGGAAUUUUAUAGAUUAGUUGUUUACAGUUCUUACAAAUGGUUGUAGUUCUGCUCAGACUGGUGUUCUGGCCCAAACAGAGAGAUACUAAGAAGGUGGUCAUUUCGCUAUGUUAAGAUCAGUUAGAAGGAUGGCUCCAGAGCUGCUUGUAAUGACCUAUCCCUAUUUUGGAUCACCAUUUAUACUGACUACGCACACCAAAAGGGUUGUAUGCUGUACGCAUUUAGAAACAGAACAGGCUUGAAAGGUGACUGUAUAUAUUAGGUGAACAUUGCAAAAUGCUGAAAAGACAUGUGAUUAUUCAUAUUCAAACAAGGGCUUUCUUACUUUUAGAAUGUAGAUAAUGAGUAAAUGUAAAGGAAAAUUCUACUGUGGUAUAUAAAAUGAUAUACUAGUGACUAUAAAUAAUUAAGAAUAAUAGUAAAUCACUUUCAAAAACAUUUGUCUUCAAAUAUUUUUAAAAGUCAGUCACAAUUAAAUGUUCUGUAUGUCUCUGCCACUUACUAUGCUUCCCUGAAAAAUUAAGAAUGUACAAUAUCUAUAGCAUUGUAAUUGCCACUGGUUUGAGUAGUGAUUUUACUGCCCAAUGACACAGUAUGCUGUGAUUGGCACACAAAGUACAACCUUUAACAGACAUACAUUUGUGCUCAUGAGAAGCAGUUUCUCUGUUAGGAGGUAUGUGCAGUUUCUAGUGGUUAGAUUUAUCUUCAACUCUCUAUCAGUCACAGGACUGAUGGCUCCAUGAAACUCAGGCUGCAUUUUCACCAUGUAUGGUGUUUGCCCCCAUAACUACUAGAACAUCUGUGAGAUGCGAAUGGCAUCUCUAAUUAGUUGUAUUCUGACAUAGAGAAUUUUAGACGUCUUUCAUAGCCUGCCUUUUCUUCUACUAAUGAUCAGAGGUCAGAAGCAGAAAGCCUUUCUGUAGGAUCUAUCCUUGUGACUUAGGAGAAACCAGCCCUUAAGAGGUGACAUACAAAUAAACCUAUCCCUUAACGCAGAAAUGACUUGAUGGUCCAGAGACAAUACUCUUAGAGUAACUGUAACUGUUGAAGAGAAGUGAAGAACUAUAAUGGAUCACAACCCCACAUCUUAGCAGAGACAAAGUAUGACUUCACUGUCACUGUCAAUGUAGUAAAUAUAAUGGAAGUUACUCAAUAAAAUUACUGCUUGAAAAUGGAGAGGAGGACGCAAGAGAUGCUAAGGAUAAUUUUUAGUGGAAGAGAAGUUUAAAUUGCACAUAUGUGAUUGCCUUUUGAACUACAGCAUUCCCAAAAAGACUAGGGGCUAGAUCCAUAUGUGGCGUAAACUUGUUUAGCUCAAUGAACUGUAAUGGAGAUGUCAGUUUACACAGCUGAGAGAACAAUUUUGACAGAAAAAGGAAAAGAGUAUGACUCUUCAAAGAAAACAGUCAUCUUUUUGACUGGUUUGAUUGCACUUACUAAUUGCUCAUUUUCCAAACAGAUCAUUUGGAGCUGUCCUAAAUUCGUAUACCACAAAAAUUGAGAUCUGGAAGUUGUUGAAUGGUUUGAAUCAUUCAGUUCUGCAUAGAUAAUUUACUCCAGUGUCUUUCUGGGCAAGUGUGAUAAUGUGAUUAAUUAAACUUCAAGGAUUGUAAAAUAAUUGAGGAACAUUUUAGGAAACUCUCUGAAGGAUAUUAGGUCUAAAUUAUUUUGAUGAAUUACUGCUAAAGCACUCCAUCUGUAUAAUGUAUCGAUCUUCUUGAAUGCUCUGCUUACAAUGAAUUUUAAUUUGUGUGCAAUGCUAGAGUUGUUGUUUGGGGAUUUUUUCUCAACUUAAAAUUUAAUUAAAACAUUGUUGAUAGAUUGAUAUAAAUUGUUUGGCUACAUACACUGAGUUUACUUUCUGGAAUUAUUUUUGUUAUUAAGAUGGUAUCCCCAUAACUUUGCAUUGAGCAUCAUAGGCUGAGUUGUACAAAUUAAAUUAUAUACAAAUUUCCUGCCAGCUUUGAAACAGUGUAUGUGCUAGCAGGUAAAAGAAAGUCUCUUCCUUAUAUCUUCAGGAAGGAAAAGAGGAAACAAAGAAGGUGGGCCCCUGCAGUAUUACUCUUUAAAAAAAAUUGGAUACUACUUUGCCUCAUAACAGUGUCCUCUGUUUAUCUAAUUUUCCAUCAUUGCACUAACCCACAAAUUCUACUGAGUUGCAAGUAAUCCUAUGAAGAUAGCACCUGUGCAUGAAUGCUGGCCAUAGAUGCAAGUUGACAGCAAUAGGUAGCUAUUGCCUGAUGUACCUGAACUUCUCCAAACUAGUUUAGCACAAUCUCUGGUUAUUGGUAUUAAAAUGGCUACCCUUUAAAAUCAGGCUUUACAUCCAUAAAACUUCUUCCCUCUUCCUACAGUUUUAGUUUGGGUACAGUUAUAUUUCUUUUAUCGUCUGGUGAUAUGGUCCAUAUGGUAUGUUGCCAGCUGUUGAGGUUGGUUUACAGCACAGAUAAGUUGACCAAAAGAAUACAUUGCUUUGCAGUGGUUUUUCUCCUGCUUGAGAAAUUAUUGCAAUCUUAUUUCUCCAAAAUCCAAAUCAUGCAGUUGCAGAAUCCUGAAACCAGAUUAGGAAGGCUGAAAAUUGAAUAAAGAAGUAGCAGAUUAAUAACACGUAUAGAAAAUAAUUAAAAAAGAAAGAAAGCUGACUUGCUAGAAACAUAGGAUAGAGUUAAAACAGCGUUAAUCAGAGAAGAUCUUCCUUGCAGAGUAAUUUACUGAAUGCUGAUCAACUGUUUUUGGUGAUUUUUCCAUCUGUAAAUAUUUUGGGAUUCCAAACCACAAGACUCAAGUAGCUUGAAAAUUUCCAGUGUGUUGUAAUGUUUAACGCAAAGCCAGGAUAAAGCAUUGUGCACUGUUCAUUUUUCCUUAUUUAUUACUAAAAGUAAUAAGGUCUUAGUAAUGAGACCCCCACACACUGCAUACAUUGUUAUAUUUUUAUGGGGAAGUGAGGUGAGAAUACUGGCUUUGUGCAUGGACUAGAGGGUAUAAAAUAGCAGGGUUCUACUAUUACAGGGAUUCUGUGGGUAGGAUUUCUGAAGAUCUAUCUUUUCAAUAGCACCCCUAGAGGAAGAAGAUAAAUGGGAGCACUAUUCAGUCUGCACUGACAGUCUGCUCUUUCCAUCUACCUGUGGAAUCCUCAGAGCCUUUGUAGAUCUCUACAUCAAGAAAAGUCAUUUUAAUUCACCAGUUCCAAUUACAUAUGGUUGCUUAAUUAUAAUUGACUAUAAAGAAAAAGAUUACACCCUACAUGGAAAAAAAUAAAUUAUAAACUUGGCUUUAAAGUAAUUCUGUUUGUCGAAAUUGUGCCACUAAGCAAUUGUGCUUGUAUUCUGUUAAAAAAACUCAACCCUGAAGUGUUCAACAGUAUAUAACUUAUUUUAGGCAUUGCAAAACUAUUAUAAUAUAAGGGAGUGAGACCAUUUUAAGCCAAUCACUUCACGAUGGUACAGUACGGAGACAUGCCAUCAGGAUAUACAAAUUAUUGCAGUACUGAAUUUCAAGAACUCUAGUGUGUUUUGUAGCUCAGUGUAGCAGAUCAAGUGAAUAUAUUAAACAUUCUCCAGAGUUCUAUCUUUACCAGUUUAAAACUAUUCAGAACUCUCCAUGCACGCAAUGUUUGUUUCUUUUAUCUAGAGUGAAGGGCAGAGCUUAUCCUGUUGCUGUGAAAUGUAGAAUCUUCAUCAUUUCCGAGUGUCAGGGCCAGAUAGUAUUGAAAAAUAUUAUGUGUGUAUGAGCUGACACUGUUAAAAUGUAUCACUGUCUGGGAAGGUGGAAGGCUUGGUUUUACCCAAGUUUCUAGGUAAAUUCCAAGCACAAAUAGAUUAAAAAGCACCAUUAAAAGCAACUCUGGCAACAAAAUGACAGCAUUUCAUCAAUGCCUAAUUAUGGACUUUAAAUCCAUGGAUUAUUAACAUUAUAGACUACUUUGGCUCUUUCUUACAUGACACUGGGAGUUUAGGGAUUUAAACAUAACAUGCUUAUAGUUUGAUAAGAAAUAUACUCCAUAUGCAGAGAAAACCGGAAUGAGGAAAUCAUUAAUCCUGAAAAUGUACGGAGAACAAACUGAGGGUCAGGUUCAGCAAAAGCACCUAAGUAGUAAUUUUGUUUCAUUGAAGUCAGUGGGACUUAAGUAUGUGCAUAAAUGCUUUGCUGAAUCAGCACCUGAAGGACACAAGCAGUCUUUUCAGGCCAUAUUAGCUCUGAUUCUAAAAGCCAAAUUUUGCCUUCUUUUCAUAUGGAUACCAGAAAACCUGAAGUACAUUGCCAAUGAUUACCCAUAGCCCUGGCUAACCUGAAAAAUCCUGGAGAAUCUGCUCUGCAACAAGAGUCAUGGAGGGGCAUGAAGGAGCUUGGCCAGUGAGCCAGGGAGCAAUCGACAUAUUCACAUGCUUCCCCAACAUAGUCCCGACUCCUGUGCACAGCAAAAAUGUAGUCAUAAUCCUAGAAGGAAACAAAUUCAUGAGAGGAGCUUUCUCCAAACUGUUUACAACCAGAUUGUAAUUGUACCAACUGAGCUCAGAGGUUACAUCAUUUCCCCCAUAACUAGAAUGCCCUACUGCCACAUGCUAAGAAUAUUUAAGCAUUUGUCUAGACUAGAGUUUAUGGCCCUGUUUAAACGUGAGUUAGCUGAUUGCCAGUCAGCUCAAAUUCACCAACACGACUGUCAAUCUCAGCCUAGACACUUCGCAAACAUUUGGACACAAAUGUAUGUGAUUUACCCUAGUGUGGAGUUAGGGUCUAGUUCAGAGGCUUAUUCAAAAUGUUCAGAUCUUGGGAGUCUGCAAAACGUACCUGGAACUGUCAUGAGAACCAGUGUUCUUGCUGCGUUUUAGUAUCAUACACUUCAACCUAUCAUGAAAUGAAGAUGUGGGUGAAAUUUUAUUUUUAAACUUCAAAUACAGAUUUAUCAAGCAUUCCAGGGAGUUUCAGAAAGCCUUGGUUUGGGUUCCGUUCUAGGAAUGGUCUACUGCAAGGCCGUUUGUGAAAAAAGGCAUAUUUUUAACCAUUUUGCCCAUUCCUAGAAAUAAUGGUCAGAUUUGACUCCGUUUUUUUUCAUUUUUCCUGUUGAAAUGGCACCUUUUCCAUCCCUCCAGGCUUCAGUUUUAUGAGGACAUUACUGCUGCCUUGAGAAGGAAAAACGUUGUUGAUCAGAGAGGCUGUGUUUCUCUAUGAUUAAUCAGAGCCAAGCACACUGUUGGCAUUCAAUAAAUAAUAACAAUAAAAUACCUGCAUGGUAGUGGAGGAGCCAUUUAAAAUGCAAGUGGAGAGAGAUUUAUAUCAGUUCUCUAAUAUCCUACCCCAGCAAAUUAUCCUUGCUUUGUGGUGCAUGAACAAUGGGCUAAAUUUUGCAGUCCCAUUUAAUCCUUAUGCAGGCAAUGGAAUUCAGAGACUGAUGAUGAGAAGGAUUUUGAGACAGGGAAACACUCUGACAUGAUCAGAGAUUGGUUCUACUCUUUUUAGAGAGCAUAAGAAAAAAACUAAUGAAUAUUACAGAAAAGUAGAUCAAGAUCUUCUAUUUACCCUUUCUCAUAAUACACAAGAAAGAGAGAGCCAAUGAAAUGUAGAGGUAGCAAAUUCAAAACUGACAAAAGGAGAUAGUGUUUUACAUAAUUCUCAGUUAACCCGUUUAACUCAUUGCAUCAAGAUAUUAAUAAAGCCAAGAGCUUAGCAAAAUUCACAGAUGUAUUAGAUAUUUGUAGGGAGACCAAGAAUAUCCUAAGUCAUUAUAUUAAUCUUUUUUUAAUUUUGGAAGGAAUAGAAACCUUCAUGCUUGAUGGCAUAAUUCAACCUCUAAUUACUGGGGGCCAGGAGGAAACUUUUCCUGUGGGCAGGUUACCCGAUAACUGCCUACUGCAAAGUUUCUUGCACCUUCCUCUUAGUAAUUGGUACUUCUAUUCUGUUCUAUUCUAUAUAGGUUUUUAUACUGUGCUCAUAACCAUAAUAUCUGAGUGCCUUCCAGUAGUGCAUUCAGCAAUGUGACCACAUGUCUGGCACGUGUUGUUCUCUCCUUCUCUCCCCAAAAGGUGAAACGUGUGCAAAGGAGAGUCUUGUGGUAGGGUAUUAUUAAUAGUAGUAUUAUUUAUAAAUAUGCCUGUUGCUAUGUGUUUAUAUUAGACAAAGCAAGGCCAGAAAAUGUGUCCUGCACUUGGCCAUUCUCAGUGCCAGAACUACAUAGACCACUGGUCUGAUCCAUGAUGGCAAUUCCUAGAUUCCUCUUGGCUUCCCAAUGCUUCAAUUAUUGCUAGUCUUCAAUGGGAGUUUUAUCUGAGAGAGGACUGCAGAAUUAGGCCAUUGUUUUCUUACACCUGAACAUCCUACUUAGUUUUUUCUAUCUACUAUCAUGAUGUAACACACACAUCAACAGCUCACACUAUAUUGUCAUAUUUUCUUUCAGCCUGCAAGCAAACUCUUCUCUCCAUAAUACUCUGCUGAUCACCCAUAUAAAGUACAGAUCACCUCUAAAUUCCCUCUCUAGGGUCAAUGGGAAUUUUGUAAAUGGAGCGAG